AUGCAGUACAAGUCUCUCGCUGCUCUCCUCUUCGCCAGCAUGGCAAUCGCUGCUCCAGCCGACACAAACACCGAGACUGAAUCUGGAGACACAGAGUUGGGUUUCGACAUGCCUCCCUCCAUUGCUGUGAUUCUCGCAACCGCUGUCCCAACCUCAUUCUGGACCGAAGCCACCAACACCGCUAAUUUCCUCUCCCAAGUCGAACAAGGAAUGGUCUCCAACUCCUGGCCUACAUGGUAUAGCGGUCUUCCCGACAGCGUGAAGGAGUAUGUCACCACUGCGGUUGAGGACUACUAUCCUUCUUUCGCAUCGUCCAUUGCCGCCAAGAUCACUAGCGACGGCGGUAGCAGCUCCAACCCCAGCAGUGCUGAGGCUACCUCCACUGCAGCUCCCAGUUCUGGAGCUUCUAGCUCUGGGGCUUCGUCUUCUACCGAGUCCACUUCUGCCGAUUCCUCUUCUACUGUCACGGGUUCAUCCUCCUCCUCUCCCACCAGCUCGGACGCUGCUUCGUCCUCGUCCUCGGCUUCGUCCUCAGCGUCUGGUUCCGCUUCAUCCACUACUACCGAUGGUGGUGCCGCCCCCACUGGUAUCGCUAUGAGCGUUGCUGGCGCUGCAGGUGUUCUGGGCCUUGCUCUCGUGUUGUAA